AAGGCCACAGGCCGUCCCCGUAUCAGACCUAACAUUCCAAUAUUUUUUUGCCGAGAAGGGCGACUCACCAGCCCUUUACAGCUCCCAUCUAUCGUUCUCAGCAUUGGAAGAAUUUUCUUCUUUGACGACAAGGUGUCAAUCUCCGCAACACCUGCACCUUGGCCCGGCCGUCCUGCUCGAGGGUCCUUUGUAUCCCACCGAAUAAAGGCAAUCAUUUCUAAAUCUGGACAUCCAAGCCUCCCAAAUUAAUCCCCACGGGUAUGUAUCAAACCCUACUGGUCGUUCUUGGCCACUCCUUUGUUCGUUAUCAUCGGGAUCGUUUGCCAUCACCCCUUUGGCGUCCGAGUCUUCCUUGGGUCUAUGUUCCGCUGCUUUAAACCGUAUCGUGUGCUACGAGUCCCACUUUGCACCGGUCCUUCUGUUACCACAUCUUCCUGUGCCUGUCAAUCAUUUGCCCGAUCCAGCUGCCUGGUCAGCCUUCUCUGCAACGCCAUCUACGAGCACGACCUUCCUUCCCUUCAAACCGGCCCCCCGAAGCAGCAGAGAGCAAGCUUCCCUUUCGUCACUCCUUUCACAGGACCGUCGCCAACUUCUUUUACCAACUGAGUCGUUCCCUCCUUUCGACUUUUUUGGUAUCUCUCAGCCAACUUUGCCCACACUCUCUUCCAACUCCCAACUUGCCACUCCCUCAGUACUCAAGUCGCCAAUAUCGAUAUCGACUCGCCAAUUUGCCAAAACUUUCAUUUCAAUCCCAUCCAAGCAAAUCUUCAAAUCAUUCAAAAUGCAAGUCUGCAACUCAUUCAAGCUGCGCCUUGCGCGAGUCCAGAGCGUGGUGAAGAACGUGGUCAACCGCCGCCUGCGCAAGGAGAAGAAGAGACGUUCAAUCCAGAUUUCCGAGCCCUUCGGUUUCAGGCAUGUCGCCACCAACAUAAAAGGCCUCAGCGAUGAAGAGCUCCAGGUUCUCCGGGAGAAGGCCAUCGCCAGCCGCUUCGCCACCAUCGACGAGCAGCAGCACGACCCCCACCAGAAGCCAUCACGGCCUAACAAGACCCGCACGGGCUACCGUGGCCUCACAUCAACCCCGCUGAGUGCCUCUCGGCCCUCCAUCACCCAGUCGUUUGCUGCCGAGGACAGCGGCUCGCACCUGAGCCGCACGACGGCCUCGUCGGUCAGUGGCGCGAGCGACCACGGCAGCGACGGGAAGGAAGCUCUCAUCUAGACCACAGAAACCCCCCCUGCCAUGGUGCUUCCAUCCUUCACGAAGAAAAAGCUGCAUCGAGGAUAGAUCUCAGACUGGGACCAUGGUUUUUCACCUGAGCGAGCAAGCAAAUCGACGGGAGCACCUGCUUAAAGUGCUCUUGGCUUGAACGGUGUUGCAAAUAUUGCAACCUCGAUUAACGACAGAAGUCAUGCAGCCAUGAAGACCGCUGUUGUACGAUUACGACUAGAUUAAGCGAGGAGUGCCAGACGAUAUGAUUACCCCUCUUGAAUUUUGAGACGAUGAUGCCCUCACCUGGAUAGAUGCGAGGCGGAGGCAGAAUAGAAUUACUACCAACACGCCCAGACAGCACAACCCAGAAACCACGGGACCUUCACCACCAUGUUCGAACCAGAUCUGACAGAUGGCUUUCCUCGGCCCAGGCCAACAAUACAGGGCGGGCAGAGAAAGACGGGACUGAUUUGUGGAGCCCACGGUCACCAGGGAGGCAAAGGCAGGAAACCAACUGUUCUCGUUGUUCCGCUCAUUUUUGGAGACUAGCAACCUCACACCGGCUGCCAAAUAGACCGAGACAUUAUUUGGGAUCAGACAUUAUUUUUGGUGGUGGGGGAAACUGGAUGUUGGCCAUGAG